GUGUCAGUCCCCAGGCUGGGCCAGGCGAGAGGGAGAGGGAAAAAAAACAACCCUUAUUAUCUCACUGAGAGGCUGCAAAAUUGCCACACUGACCCACCCCCCAUCCACACCCAUGUGAAAAGGAAAUAGAAGUCAGAGUAAUAGCAAAAGUGACCACACGCACUUCCUUAAGACCUUGUUUUCAGUCUCUCCCUCCCUGCACUGGCUGAGAUCAGAUCAGCUCCAUGGGACACUUGAGAUCGAACCCGAGAGGAGAAAUUGCCUAGUACUGCUUAACUAGAUGGAGGAUUUAGCCAGUGGCCAAGAUGGGCAACUUGAAUUUCAAAGCUCAGUACAAGGAGGUACCCCGAGUGCUUAUAAUGGGCUUGGACUCUGCCGGUAAGACCACCCUCCUCUACAAACUGAAGAGCAACCAACACGUGGAGACCUACCCCACUGUGGGCUUCAAUGUUGAGUCUUUGGAGGCAUCAAAGUAUGGGUCCCUGACUCUUUGGGAUGUGGGGGGUCAGGACCAACUUCGGUCCAGCUGGAAGGACUAUUUAGAGGAUACUGACUCCCUCCUCUAUGUGCUGGACAGUACAGAUGAAGACCGGCUGCCUGAGGCUAUGGUGGAGCUGGAAAAUGUCCUAAAUAAUGCUCAUAUGGCUGGUGUACCUUUCUUGAUCUUAGCCAAUAAGCAAGAGGUGCCAGGGGCCCUGUCUUUGCGGGAGAUUAGGGAUAGGAUGCGUCUGGAACGAUUCAGUGAUCGGUGUUGGGAGCUUCGGGGCUGCAGUGCCCUUACAGGGGAGGGGCUGAAAGAAGCUCAGCUAGCCCUGGAGAGACUUCUUGAGUCCCGAAAGCAGAUAUGUCCUUACAGUGUGAGAGUGAACGGAGAAAGGAAGAAGUCAUGACUGAUUAGGAAUAUUGUUGACUAAAAACUGGGCAAACAGUAACCUUGAAAAGUUGAGAACUCUGAUCAACACAAUAAUCAAUCACUUUUCCAGUAGACCAAUGAUGAUUUAAAAAAAAAAAAUCCUAUGCUCUUUAGGCAGAGAACUGAUAUUCUAAAUAUACAAAAAGAAAACAUAUUUUGAAGUGGCCAAUAUAAUAAAUUGUUUUACUUAACUCUGAA